AUGUAUAGCAGUAAUAGAGUCCAAGUGUAUCUUGAAGAUGGAAGAGUUGGGGAAAUGGAGAUUUGCCCUCCAAGGGAAUCACAUCAAGAAGACCAUGUGAUGAAGCAGAGGAGAGUGAUGGAGAAAGUGAAGAUGGGAAUCAGAAUCAGCCGUUUUUCUCAACCUAGCGAGAGAUGCCCUCCUCUUGCAGUGCUUGCUACUGUUUCAUCUUGUGGCCUUUGUUUCAAAUUGGAAGCUUCACCUUCUCCUGCUCAGGAGCAGCUCAGUCUCCUCUACUCGUCCUGCCUUAGGGGCAACAAGACGGCAGUAAUGUCUCUAGGUGAGGAAGAGCUCCAUUUGGUAGCCAUGUACGCUGAAAACAUCAACAACGACCGUCCUUGCUUCUGGGCAUUUACAGUAGCUCCUGGGAUUUAUGAUUCAUGUCUUGUCAUGCUGAAUCUCAGAUGUCUAGGUAUUGUCUUUGAUCUUGAUGAAACCCUUGUGGUGGCCAAUACCACGCGCACGUUUGAGGAUAAGAUUGACGGGUUGCAGCGGAGAAUAAACAACGAGGGAGACCCCCAACGCAUUGCCGCUAUGGUGGCUGAGAUGAAGCGUUAUCAAGAUGACAGGAAUCUGUUGAAGCAAUAUAUUGAAAGUGACCAGGUUAUUGAUAAUGGGGAGGUGGUUAAAGUGCAAUCAGAACUUGUUCCUGCCUUGUCUGAGAACCAUCAGCCUCUUGUCCGUCCAUUGAUAAGGUUGCCAGAGAAGAAUAUCAUCCUGACUCGCAUUAAUCCCAUGAUUCGUGAUACAAGUGUUCUUGUGAGGAUGAGGCCUUCGUGGGAUGAACUUCGAAGCUAUUUGACAGCAAAAGGGCGCAAGCGUUUUGAAGUAUACGUUUGCACAAUGGCUGAGAGAGACUACGCCUUAGAGAUGUGGAGGCUCCUCGAUCCAGAAGGGAAUUUGAUAAACGCAAGUGACCUGCUGGCUCGCAUUGUUUGUGUAAAAUCUGGUUUUAAAAAAUCAUUGGUCAACGUGUUUCCUGAUGCAACCUGCCAUCCUAAGAUGGCAAUGGUAAUUGAUGAUCGACUGAAAGUUUGGGAAGACAAGGAUCAGCCAAGGGUGUACGUGGUUCCUGCAUUUGUUCCCUACUAUUCUCCUCAAGCUGAAGCUGCUGCUACACCGGUACUGUGUGUUACCCGAAAUGUUGCUUGCCGUGUCAGAGGUGGAUUUUUCAGGGAUUUUGAUGAUAGUCUGCUACAAAGGAUUUCUGAAAUAUCUUAUGAGAAUGAUGUUGAGGAUAUUCCAUCUCCGCCUGAUGUCAGCCAUUACUUAGUACCGGAGGACGAAACGUCUGGUUUGAAUGAGAACAAAGAUCCACUUUCCUUGGACGGGAUGGCUGAAGUUGAGAGAAGACUGAAGGAGGCAAUUUCAGUUGUCCUUCCGGCGGCAAAUAUAGAUCCAAGGAUAGCUGCUCCCAUUCAGUACCCCAUGGCUUCUGUUUCUGCUCCAGUACCAGUCGUGCAACAAGCACCACAACCAUCAGCGAUGGCCUUUCCAAGUAUCCAGUUUCAACAACCUAUAUCAAUAGCUAAACUCUUGGUUCCUUCAGAACCAAGCUUGCAGAGUUCUCCUGCUAGAGAGGAAGGCGAGGUGCCUGAAUCAGAGUUAGAUCCAGAUACUAGGAGGAGGCUCCUCAUUUUGCAGCAUGGACAAGAUAGUAGAGAUGCUGCUCCAAGUGAACCUCCGUUUCCUCAGAGACCUCCAGUUCAAGCUCCACCUCCACAGGCGCAGCCAAGAAAUGGUUGGUUUCCUGUUGAGGAGAUGGAUCCAGCUCCUCUUCAUCGUACAGUCUCCAAAGAAUAUCCAGUGGAUUCUGAAAGGCCACGCCAUCAAUCUGACAGGAUGCCUCAUGAGAAUCGUAGGCUACCAAAGGAGUUACGUCCAAACAACAAUCUACCAGGCUCUCAUCCUUUCUAUGGGGAAGAGGCAUCUUGGAAUCAAUCUUCUUCUAGGAUCAGUGAUAUUGGACGAAGUGUCUCAGCAACAGAGAAUCCAGCUGAAGCUCUACAUGAGAUUGCUAUUAAAUGUGGAACUAAGGUGGACUACAGACCGGGGUUGGUUGCUAGUACAGAUUUGCGGUUCUCUGUUGAGGCUUGGUUCUCUGGUAAAAAAGUCGGAGAAGGGAUUGGCAAAUCGAGACGAGAAGCCCUGCAAAAGGCUGCUGAACUCUCUCUCCAGAACUUAGCUGAUAUAUAUUUGUCUGUUGCAAAUGGCGACGCAGGGCCAAGCCACAGGGAUGCUAUUGCUAGCCCCUUGGCUAAUGGCAAUAUGAUUAUGGGAAAUGCAAAUACGUUUGAUAAUCUGCCAUUUGCGAGAGAUGAAACAGCGAUGGCAGUUCCUUCUAGAUCAAUGUUUCCUUUGCAUAAGCGACAAGGAUCUCCAAGAUCGUUCGCUGGGAUGUCAAACAAGCGUCUAAAGCCAGACUUUCAACGGUCGUCGAUGCAACGGAUGCCAUCUUCAGGAAGAUAUUCUUAACCAAAAUCAAGUCAUGAACAAAGCACAUUCUCUAUUGCUAAAGCGCCACCAGCUACCCCGACAAAUUCUUUGACAAGUUCCCUUCACCAAAACGAUGAACCAGACACAGGGAUAGAGAGAGAGAAGAGAGGUUUUGCUCUCGUCUCUUGUAUUGUAACAUGUGUGACAAAUCAAGAUUUUUGUAUAAUUUAUCAGAGACGCUGAGUCGAAGCAACAGCUGGAGGGACACCGAGUAGUACUACACAGACAAGACCUAAAGCAUGCACGUUUUGGCUUUCUUCUCAGGCUGUAAGUUAGAAGUCAGUAAUGCUAGUUUAAUAGUUUCCCUUAAAGCUUUUUCUGCAGUUUUACAACAGUUUAUGUUGAUUUUAUAAAUGUAUUUUUUACUGUGCUA